AUUAUCCCAGUAAAACGCCAACUAGCAACCUAAACAUCACAAAAUUAAGCCGUCUUAGAGACAUUACACAUCAGAAAUGAAUUCUGUGCGCGGACGAAUGUCGGGAGUGUCCAAUUAAGUGACAGGAGAUCGUUUGAGCGUAUCAAUUGUUCCGUACGAGAGAAAUCGAACGUCCAGUUUCUCGAUACUUGUCGAAAAUACUAAAAUACAAAGCAUUUCAUCACAUGAAUUAAUAGACUAUAUACAAAUUAUUAUAAUCCAAAUGAGUCUUUAUAUUAAAAAAAGAAACAUUUCGUAUUUUUUCGACGUUAUGUAACGCCUUGAUACGCUAAAUAACAUGACCUUAUAAAUGCUGUAGCAUGCCAAAGGCACAUUUAGAUGCUGAUCGACGCGGCGUGUGAACGGAAAUGUCAGUAUCUAUUCUCCGCAAUCUCGCGGAAUGACACGGCUCGACUUAUCUCGGCGAACUUCAUAUUUGCGCGUCCGUUUAUGAAAUAACGUUUUAAAGCAUGAAUUUACAAACGAUCGCCGUGCUCGUCGUCGUGACGUGUGUGUUAUGCUACUUAGCACGAGGGUGAGGAGGCGUAAUCGUCAUCGUCGUUGCACACGAUGCUGCAGAGCCCCGUUUCGGGAUUGCGUCGGGGCCAUCGAAAAUGAGAAAGAGAAUUCGCGUGAUCAUGGAUCUCUGGAAGGGCCUCUUUUUACAUCGCAAGUGAUUGAGAAAGAACGGGAUAAGAUGAUGCUGUUCGACUUCACGAGUGCGCAAAACGUAGACGACUGGAGGGAGAUGUCCGACACCGUGAGAACCGUGGGCAAGUCCAAGGCCGUCUUAACUCUGCAGACUAGCCAACUUUUCCAGAGAGCCGUCUUCUUUACGCUGCUGAAUCCGCAGGCGAAUGGGGCCGGUUUCGCUGGCGUCAGAACGCCGACGAAUCUCGACUUGUCACGAUUCAAAGAUAUCGAGAUCACCUGCCGAGGACAGGGGCAAAACAGCAACUACAAGAUAUCUCUCAGGCACAAAGGGCAGGAUUCCAAUGCGGAUCUCAGCUACGAGCAAUUCUUCACAGUGCUGAUGUCGAACGACGAGUUCUCCACGGUGACGUUACCUCUGAAAGACUUCAAACCCUAUUAUCGUGGACACGAGAUGCCGGAUGGCGAGCCUCUCGACACGACGAACAUCACUAUGUUCGAGUUCCAAAUCUACGGCGGCGUUUACAUGCCGAUCAAACAGCGAGGCGUCUCGGCGUUAGAGAUAGAGACCGUAGCAGCAGUCUUCACGUGAUACGUUUAA